UGACUUAGUUCCUGUGGCUAAAUAUUAUCCUCAUCAUGUCCCGUAGAUCUGAUCCUGCGCAUGCUGGACUAUGACCCAAAAAGCCGCAUCACGCCAUUCUACGCCCUGCAGCACAAUUUCUUCAAGAAGACGACAGAUGAAGGAACCAACACCAGUUCAUCGACGUCCACCUCUCCUGCCAUGGACCACUCCCAUUCAACCUCCACUACUAGCUCUGUUUCUAGCUCUGGUGGCUCCAGUGGUUCUUCCAAUGACAACCGCAACUACCGCUACAGUAACCGCUACUACAACUCUGCUGUUACACACUCAGACUAUGAGAUGACCAGCCCUCAGGUACACACAGCUGACAUACACUGUCCUGGAAUACACUCACAGCAGUAGUGAAAUAUAGCACUGCCAUCUAGAAUACCACAUUUCAGUUUAGGGAUAUAUUGUGCAACAUUUAAAGAGUAAUCG